AUGCUCAGGAGUCGACUGUUUGGUGGCGGGGUGACCGUUGCGUACAACACCCUCAUUCGAGCUCAUGCUGCUACCUCUCCUUUCUUGGCUCUUUCCCUUUUCUGCAACAUGCGCCGCCGUCCUGGCGUGUCGGUGGAUCAUUUCACUUUCCCGUUCGUUCUCAAGGCCUGCGCUCGUCUCCGGCUGGGGAUGCAUCUUCAUUCGGUGAUUCUGAAGAUGGGUUUCGAUUCCGAUGUCUAUGUGCAGAACGCGUUGAUCGGGGUUUAUGGUGGAUGCCGCAGGGUGGCAGAUGCUUUGAAGGUGUUUGAGGAAAUGCCUGAGAAGGAUCUGGUCUCUUGGUCUUCGAUGAUUGCUUGCUUUGUCGAUAACGGCUCUGUGCAAGAGGCCCUGGCUCUGUUUCAACAGAUGCAGAUUGAUGGCAGUGUGAAGCCUGAUGAGGUUACGCUGCUUAGCUUGGCUUCUGCCAUUUCAAGCCUCGGAGCAGUGGAGUUGGGGAGGUGGGUUGAUGCUUAUAUAUCCAGAAAUGGGUUGGAGCUCACUGUCGCAUUAGGUACUGCAUUGAUUGACAUGUUCUCACGUUGCGGGUCUAUAAAUGAUGCGAUGAGAGUUUUUGAACGGAUGCCUGCGAGAAAUUUGAGGACUUGGACUGCAUUGAUUAACGGGCUAGCGGUGCAUGGUCGCAGCAAGGAAGCGUUGAGAUUGUUCCGUGAGAUGAAGGAGGGAGCUGGUUUGCGGCCUGAUCACAUCACGUUUAGUGCUGCUUUAGUCGCUUGCAGUCAUGGUGGCCUUGUUAACAACGGUUGGCAGAUUUUUCGUUCCAUUAAGGAAGAAUAUGGUAUGGAACCAACUCUAGAGAAUUACGGUUGCAUGGUUGAUCUCCUUGGCCGUGCUGGCUUAGUUGAUGAUGCUUUUAAUUUUGUACAAGAUAUGCCCUGUCAAGCAAAUGCUGUCAUCUGGAGGACCUUGCUGGGAGCUUGUGUGAAGCAUGGUGACAAUCUUGCAUUGGCAGACCAAGUGAAGCAGAAACUGUCUCAGCUAGAUCCUCAUCACGAUGGGGAUUAUGUGCUUCUAUCAAACGCUUAUGGUGGAACUGGUUCAUACGCCAAGAAGGCAGAGUUGAGAGCUGCAAUGCAAGACAAGAGAAUUGCCAAAACCCCUGGCCGUAGUUUGCUUGUCGUGGGUCAUGAGAUUCAUGAGUUUCUAUCAGGAGGCGAUGAUGCUCAUCGUCUGGUAUAUACACAGAAAGUCAGAGACUUCUUACAGCAGAUAAUCGAUAAUCUCAGAGUUGAAGGUUAUGAGCCGCACAAGUCAAGUGUGUUCCACGACAUUGAGGACGAGGAGAAGGAGCAGAGUGUUGGGUUUCACAGUGAAAAGCUGGCAGUUUCAUUCGCCCUUCUGAACUUCACAGAUAGGAGAAGAACAAUCAGGAUCAUGAAAAAUCUGAGGACAUGUCAUGAUUGUCAUUCCUUCAUGAAGCAUGCUUCGAGAAAAUUCGAGAGAGAAAUCAUUAUCCGGGAUCGAAACCGUUUCCAUCAUUUCAAAGAUGGAUCUUCUGACCAGUAUAAAUGGCUAGAAACAGACUUGUACAGUGUCGACAGAGGCCAGACCCCAUGGGUGAUAGCAGCUUGGCAUCCGUCUUGGUCAGAACUUUCAGUUUAUAUCGUCGCUGGAGCUGGAAGGAGUCGUGAGAUGAUGGCCAUAACACAUGCUGAUGAUCCUGUUUGCUGUCCAAAUCCAUCUCUUACCCCAGACACUGAUAUUGGUGGGUUCUGUGCCUUCGACUUCACUUCAGAGAGCACUUCAGCUGGGAUCAGCAGCCUGAGUAUAAUGCAUGCAGAGAAACCAGCUUUGGUCUUGGGAUUCAAGAGGUUUUUCCUCUGCCUGUUCUACACCAUCCAUUCAAAUUCCCUUUAA